AAAAGGAGCACUAAAGCAUGGAUCGAACGGAAUCCCAAGAAGGUCACAAGUGGGAAGGCAAGGUCUCUACUACAGUCACAAAAGCCAGUGCAGACCAGAUAUGGUCACUCUUCUUGGAUUUCUUCAACCUUCACAAAUGGUUCCCCAGCCUUUCCGAUUGCCACGGCAUCCACGGCAAGAAUGGCGAGGUCGGCUGCGUAAGAUACUGCACCGGCUCCUCCCUAUCGUCCAAAGGCACCGACAAGACCGGUGAGAAUCGCCCUGUCAGCUGGUCCAAGGAGCGAUUGGUCAGUAUAGAUCCAAUCGAACGAAGGUUAAGCUACGAGAUGGUGGACUCCAACAUCGGAUUCACUUCAUACUUGUCGACGGUUAGGGUUGUCCCUAGCAACGUAGACGGGGAAGGUGGGUGCGCGAUCGAGUGGUCGUUCGCUGUCGAUCCGGUGGAAGGGUUGGCAUUGGAGGAUUUGGUGAGGAAAUAUGAGGUGGGGUUACAACGCAUGGCUAAGAAGAUGGAGGAUUCGCUUGGGAAUAAAAUUAGCUGACAAUUUUGACUUUGUUAAUUGUGUUUGAUUUUUUUUGUGUGUCCUGGUUUCUAUGGUGUUGGCUUUGGGCGCUCCAUUACUGUGAUGCAACUCCAUUUUCUCCCCAUUACUCUGUUUUUUAUCACGCACGUCGUUGUAAAUGAAGGACAUCAUAACGUAAGA